AUGGUGCGCAAGCGUCUGGCAGCCACGCGCAAGCGGAAGCUGGAGGAACUCAAAGAGCGCAAGGCCAAGCCGAAGGAGAUCUCCAUCCCUUCGCGCGCCACGCCCAAGAACCUCUCCGCCGUCACGGGUCUCAGCACCAUCGACAUCCUCAAGGUGGCCAUCAAGUGCGGCCAUGAACCCCGAACGGUGGACGACGUGCUGCCGCCCGAGCUGGUCGACAUCCUGUGCGAGGAGCUCUACUUCGUGCCCCGGCGCUCUGACCUCAACGAGGGCACCGGCAUGAAGCUCACCCGGACGAUCGACGAGGCCGACAUGGUGCCGCGACCGCCCAUCGUGGCGGUCAUGGGCCACGUCAACCACGGCAAGACCUCGCUUCUCGACGCCCUCCGUAAGACCUCCGUGGUCGAUGUCGAGGAGGGCCGCAUCACACAGCGCCUCUCGGCGUCCAUGGUACAACUCAGCUCCGGGCAGAAGAUCACGUUCAUGGACACGCCGGGUCACAACGCCUUCGCUGCGAUGCGACAGCGCGGCGCGGCGAUGACGGACAUGGUGAUUCUCGUUGUGGCGGCCGACGAGGGCGUCAUGCAGCAGACGGAGGAGGCCAUCGAAGUGACGCGCGAAGCCAACGUGCCGCUGCUCGUCGCUAUCAACAAGAUCGAAAAGGAGGGAGCCAACCCGAGCAAAGUCAAGAGACAGUUGCUGCAGCACGGCGUGAUAUUGGAGGAGUUUGGCGGAGAUGUUCAGUGCGUGGAGCUGUCCGCGUCCACGGGCAAGAAUCUGGACGAACUCACCGAUGCCAUCCUGCUCCAAGCCGAGAUGCUCGAUCUGCGUGCUGAUCCCAACGGCCCCGCCGAAUCCGUCGUCAUCGAAUCCAAAAUCGACAAGGGACGUGGUGUGGUGGGCACAGUGCUGGUCAGGCAGGGCCAGCUGAAGCUCAACAACUUCUUCGUCGCCGGAGGCACGUGGGGCCGCGUACGGGGACUCACCGAUUGGCUGGGUCGGUCCACCACCAAAGCCGAUCCCUCCACGCCCGUUGAAGUCAUCGGCUUUAAGACCAAGAUCCUCCCCGACCCGGGUGAUGAUCUGGUGGUGGUGCUGGGCGAGGAGCAGGCCAAGCAGAUCCUCGAUUACCGGAAGGAGCGGCUGCACGCCAAGGAGGCCCUGACGGACGUGGUCCAGGCCUCCGAUCCCGCCGCUCGCGCCGCCGCGGCCAAGCAGGAAAUGGAAAAGGCGCUCAACGUCGUCAUCAAGGCCGAUAUCGGUGGCACACUGCAAGCAGUUGAGUCGACGAUCAGCCAGUUCCCGCAGGAUGAGGUGAAGCUGCGGAUCAUCAAGUCGGCCGUGGGCGACAUCUCGACGACCGACAUCGGGCUGGCCAAGGACACCGGCGCCGUCGUGUUCGGCUUCAACGUGCCGCCCAUGAACAGCGUGCUCGAGCUCGCGCGCGUGGAGAAGGUCGACAUCAACAACUACAGCAUCAUCUACCAGCUGGCCGACGACAUCAAGAAGCGGCUCGAGAGCAUGCUGGCCCCGCGCGAGGUCGAGGAGGAGGUCGGGCGCGGCGACGUGCUCUCGGUCUUCUCCGUCACCAUGCCCAACAGGGAACAGCACAACGUCGCCGGCCUGCGCGUCGUGCGCGGCGCGCUCGAUUCGCGGCUCCGCGUGCGGCUGCUGCGACGCAACAAGGACGUCAACGCCGACGAAGAGUACGCGGCGCUCUACGACGGCCCGAUCGAGUCGCUCAAGAAGUUCAAGGACGACGUCACCCUGGCCAAGAAGGGCGACGAGUGCGGUCUGGCGCUGCCCAAGUGGAACGACCUCCGACCAGGCGACAUCAUCUCCUGCUAUCGCAUGAAGCAGGUGCCUCGCAAGUUUGGCGAUCCCAAGUGA